GAGCUGACCGUGGAUGGCCGAUGUCCGAAGCAAGUACAUCCUCUGCGAUGAUUUCGAACAUCAUCAUCAUCAUCCGAUGCGGAGACAAGAAUAAACAUAAAAGGCUGGACCUACGGCAGAGCGGACUCGUUCUUCUCCCGUCCGGACCUCAAGCUCUCCCUCGUUUCCUUGCAGCCCCCUUCAAUCUUCUCGAACAGCUUCCACGCAAGUCCUGUUGAUCAUUUGCUUGGAAGUGCCAUUGCAACUCUGCACUCACCUACUCAUUCAUCAUGGAUAACAACCGCUUGUUCUUGAGCAUUAUGCUCGCCUCCUCGGUUGCUGCUUCCCCGUGGCAAACCAGUGAUUGGAAUGGCUAUGGUUCGCCUCCGUCCUGGGUCACUGCUUCCAAGACGCAAGGAGGCCCACAAGGUGGCCCGUACGGCGGCUGGGGCCCGAACGGCGGCUGGAGCUCCUACUGGACCUGCAAGGCCUCUACUGUGACCGAGACGACCUUCUCGACCGUUGCAGGUCCCGGGUUUACCUCAGUGGUGACACUUCCCGAAUCUACCACCACUGUCUUCUCGCCCAGAGAGACUGUGUCGGACUGCACCAUUGACCGGCCUGGCCCACCGCCAGUCACCAUCACGGUGAUUCCAUCUCCUGGAGGUCCGCCAAGCUGCACUGAUGUCGGACCCAUCCGCCCGCCCCAGACAGUCACCGAGCAGGGACCACCCGUCACCGUCACCGUCACCGAUGAGAGACCUGGCAGCACCGUCUCCGACUGCACUUGGUACAGGCCCACGCCUCCAGUCGUGACUAUCACAUUCGACAGACCUGGUGAUGUCGUCACCGUCACCAAGCCAGCUGAGACGAUCAGGGACUGCACCGUCUAUGGCCCUGGAGGUCCCGGAGGUCCCGGCGGCCCAGGAGGUCCGACGAUCACCGUCUACGCUCCCAAGGAGACCGUCACCGUCGAGAAGCCCGCCGAGACCAUCUCAAGCUGCACCAUCGACAGCCCCGUCCUCCCACCCAAGACCGUCACCGAGUACAAGCCCGAGGUCACCGUCACCGUCGAGAAACCCGAAGUCACCGUCACCAAGUGCGACAACAACUCUCCUCCGUUCCCGCCGACUACUCUCACCGUGUACGAGAAUGGCCCAACCGUCACCAUCGACCGUCCCGCCGUCACCAUCACUAGCUGCGAUAUCGGAGGCCCUGGUCAGCCACCCAAGACUAUCACCGAGACUGCCCCAUGCGAGACCAAUGGCCCUGUCUAUGGAGCUUCCCCUUCCGACAAGGGCUCAAACCCAACCGGCAAUGGCCCAGCUCCAUAUGAUAACGGUCCAGCUCCGACUGAAAAGGGACCAAGCCCGACUGACAAGGGCCCAGGCUCGAACGACAACGGCCCAUACCCAACCGAUAAGGGCUCCGACGGCUACGACAACAGCAGCAAGUCGGACCAGGGGCCGAGCAGCUAUGCUACUCCCAGUCCCCCGGGCUACUACUAGGAGAAGCCAUCGAAUCGCGGGUUACCAGGUCGCGCUGCUUUGGCAAACACUCUGCUAGUAGUCAAUCGGGUAUAACAAGGUGGAUUUUACCAGGUCGGGUGGAAAAUCAUAGGACUCUGUGCAGGCAUUUCUGAGGUAAUGGAACAAACAUGCGGAGGUUUCGGUGGCACGGUAGCAAGUUCCAAAAAAACAAAAAGUGGUCUCGUCAUUUCAUGUAUACAAUCAAUUUUCAUUUCUCUGAGUUUGCCGUUUCAGCACUGUUGAUGCAUUGAAUCGUCGUACCAUAUGAGAUCAAAAGAGCA